ACAAAUUGUGGUUGUGAACCACGUAAAUUAUUGUGUUUGUUGUUUUUCCACACUUUGUUUUCUUCAUUUUUUUGCUGUGCAUUUUAAUUCAACUCACAAUUGGUAUUAGAGCUUUGGACAAACACAUACUAGGUGUUUGAUAAAAUUCCUAAGUGAAGUUGUAGAGUUGUUUUGGGUUGUCUUGUAUUUGGUCUCUCUUCUUGAAUACACUAUGACUAGCAUCAAGCUCAAACUGGUGACAUUUGAUGGUACUGUUGAUUUUGGAUUAUGGCGUGUUAAGGCCAAAUCAUUGUUGGUUCACCAAGGUGCAAGUUAUGCACUUACAAGAGAAUACCCAAAGUAUUACGGGGAAAGAGAAAAGGUGAAAGUAAAAGAUAAAGCAUUUUCGACACUCCAAUUAAUUAUUAGUGAUGAGGUUUUAUGUGGGGUAGUCAAGGAGACCACAACUAAGGAUCUUUGGGAGGCUUUGGAGAGGAAGUACAUGGGUAAAUCACUCUAUAACAAGCUUUAUUGCAAGCAAAGGCUUUAUUUACUCCGGAUGCAAGAAGGCACUUCCAUAACUUCUCAUAUUAAUGCUUUUACCAAGGAGGCCUUGAAAACUAACGAAUUAAAGGCCAAGAAUGAAGCCUCAACUAGUGAAAACAAGGAUGAAGGCUUGGUUGUGAGAGGAAGAACUUUAGAAAAAGGGAAUUGCCACUCAAAGUCUAGAUCAAAGUCUAGAGGAAAGUCUAAGACCAAUGUUUGUUAUGGUUGUGGUGAAAAGGGUCACAUUAAAAUGAAUUGUCCAAAUGGAAGAGAAUGGUUUGCUACUUACAAUGAAGUUAAGUGUGUUGAUGUUUUAAUGGGAGAUGGUCACCCUUGCAAGGUGAAUGGCAUUGGUAUGGUUCUAGUCAAGAUGCAUGAUGGUGUUGUAAGAGAGUUAGCAGAGGUUAGGCAUGUUUUGGAAACGAAGCUUUAUGUGUUGCAAGGCUCCACGGUUACGGGUUCAACUAAUGUUGUUUCUUCAUUAUCGAAUAAGGACCUGACCAAAUUGUGGCAUAUGAGGCUAGGAGUUCAUCAGUCCAAAGAACCUCUUGAUUGUAUCCAUUCCAAUCUUUGGGGUCUUUCUAAGAACAUGUUCGUUGGUCGUGCCUUUUAUAUGCUUACUUUCAUCGAUGAUCACUCAAGGAAGGUGUGGGUUUAUUUCCCCAAGCAUAAGAGUGAAGUUUUUCGCACUUUUAAGCAAUGGAAGGUUCUGGUUGAGAAUCAUAAAGGUAAGAAAAUCAAUUUUUUGAGAACAGACAAUGGACUUGAGUUUUGCAACCAAGAGUUCAAUGAGUAUUGUAAGAAUGAAGGAAUUGCUAGACAUCGAACAGUUCCUGAAACUCCAUUGCAAAAUGGAAUGGUAGAGUGCACGAAUAGGACCAUCAUGGAAAGGGUUAGAUGUGCUGGUAUAGAAAAGGGUUCAAAAUCAAAGGUGAAAUUUCAACUAGACCUUGAAUCUCAAAAGGUGUCUAGUUCUUCUCAUCCUCCACCAGCUCAAUGUGGAGUAGAAGGCCAUGAUGAUGAUAUAGUCGACCAUAAACAAAGAGAGGAAGAAGAAGAAAUUUCACCAGAUGAGCCUUAUUCCAUAGCAAAGCAUAGAUUGAGGGAGAUUCGCAAGCCACAAAGAUAUGCUAAUGUGGCUAGUGAAUACUUGAGUGCUUAUGCUUUGGUGAUUGCACAAGCAACUGAUUGUGAUGGUGAGCCUUCUACCUACAAGGAAACAGUGUCUUUUGCCAUGCAUGAUUUAGAACUUGAGCAAUUAGAUGUCAAAACAGAAUUUUUGCAUGGUGAGCUUGAAGAGAGUAUUUACAUGGAGCAACCAGAAGGAAGCAUGUAUGAUCAAUGUGUCUACCUUAGAGAGCUUGAUGAUGGCACUUUCAUCUAUUUGUUACUUUAUGUUGAUGACAUGUUGAUUUCUGCCAAGAGAAAGGAAGACAUUGACAAGUUAAAGAAAAAGUUGAAUAAUGAGUUUGAAAUGAAGGAUUUGGGUCCCACAAAAAGGAUCCUUGGUAUGGAGAUACGUAGGGAUAGGCAUGGUGGAACAAUUAAGCUUUCACAAAAGCAAUUUGUUGUGAAGUUAUGUCCUCGAUCAAAUGAAGAUUUUGAAUACAUGUCUCGUGUUCCAUAUUCUAAUGCUGUGGGUAGCAUGAUGUAUGCUAUUGUUUGUACUCGAUUGGAUAUUUCACAUGCAAUUAGUGUUGUGAGCAGGUAUAUGUCUAAUCUUGGUAAAGAACAUUGGACAGCAGUGAAGUGGGUCUUGAGAUACUUGAAAGGUACUACAACAACUUGUCUUGAAUUCAAGAGAGAUGGGACAUAUGUGCAAGCCUAUGUUGAUUCAGACUAUGUCGGUGAUGUUGAUAGGAGGAGGUCUUUGAUAGGUUAUGUUUUCACUCUUAGUGGUAGUGCUAUCCACUAGAAAGCUGUUUUGCAAGGUACAGUAGCUUUGUUUACUAUUGAAGCAAAGUACAUGGCAAUUACAGAGGCUUUUAAGGAGGCAGUAUGGUUGAGAUGACUUGUUGGGGAGUUCAACUUGGAUUGUGUUGUUAUUGAUGUGCAUUGUGAUAGCCAAAGUGCUAUUUGUUUGGCUAAGAACUCCAUGUUUCAUGAUAGAACAAGGCACAUUGAUGUGAGCUUUCAUUUUGUUCGGGAUGUAGUCUCCUUUAGUGAGAUUAUUGUGAAGAAGAUUGAUACUAAAAACAAUCCAGUAGAUAUGUUGACAAAGUCUCUCCCAGUGAGCAAGGUUGCUUGAACUUGCUCGGCAUGAUGCUGUAAGAGCCUUUUAGGGCAUGGAGAAGGAUUGAGCUAGGAUAAAUUCAUUAUGGGAAA